GGUUCAACGAGUGGGUGACUGUCCCACCAGGGUUUGUUAACUCGGCUGCAGCUCAGGAUGCCUCGCUGGAAGACUCAGCUGAGAACUGUACUAUGUCAAUGUGGACUCCUGAAGGUGACUUCAUAGCUUCCAACAACGACGAGUGUACGGCAGCGCUGAUGUACGCUGUGACCCUGAAACAAUCUGGCAACGUAUCGUUUGAAUAUCUCUACCCUGACACGACAAUCCUCUUCAAGUUCUUUGUUCAGAAUGACCAGUGUCAAUCAGUAGACAAUGAGCAUAAAUGGAUGAAGAAAACUGAAAGAAAUCAAUGGAACCGUCAAACGGCCAAAUUGAAUCGGGGUAACAAUGUCCUGUACUGGCAAACAACAAGGUUUUCGCUGGGCAUGAAGCAACCAAAGCCAGUUCUCAUCAGAAACAUUCUGAUCACAGGGGUGGCCUACACAUCGGAAUGUUUCCCAUGUAAACCUGGUACAUUCAAUCAAAAGUCUGGCUCCUCCCAUUGCGACAUCUGCCCAAGGAAUACCUACUCUCCAAGAGGUGCAACCUCUUGUCUACCCUGUCAUAAAGACCAAUAUUCAGAACCUGGCCAAGGAACUUGCAAGCUACGGCAACCGUGCUCAGAGAAGGACUAUUUCUCCACACACACGCCAUGCGAUUCAGAAGGGCAGACUCAGAUCAUGUACAAGUGGAUUGAGCCCAAGCUGUGCAGCGAAGUUGUGACGGGAGCAGUGAAGCUUCCUGACUCGGGAGCCAAGAAGCCGUGCAAGCCUUGUAACCCAGGCUUUGCCCCAGCCAAUACCACCGGCUGCCAACCUUGUCCAUUUGGCUUUUACUCAGAUGGAUCUGAAGUCUGCACCAAGUGUGCUGUUGGAACAGAACCAAUCCAGGGUUUUGAAUACAAGUGGUGGAACACCUUGCCUAUAAAUAUGGCCAGUUCCUGCUUCAGUGGGAUGGAACAAGGCUGUGGUGGAAUGAACGGAUGGGAGGUGGCUGGGGACCAUGUGCACAGCACAGUGGCAGGAUCCGACAAUAAUUAUUUGAUGCUGUCAAUGGCGGUUCACGGAUUCAGACCCCCGCAGUCGGCCAUCGUGAAUGAAGACAACCCGGAGAUCGCUCGCAUCACCUUCAUCUUUGAGACGGUGUGCAGCGCCGACUGCGAGCUACAUUUCCGCGUGGGGCUCACAACAGAAAUUACACGGUCAGUGGAAAUCUGGAGCGGCUCGAGGGGAAAACAGUCGUACACGUACGUUAUUGAAAGAAGCUCGCCUCUCGCCUUUGUCUGGACAUUCCAACGCAGUGCGUCGUUUGAAGAGAGCCAGAAGUAUUCAUCGGAUGUGGCCAAGAUCUACUCCAUCAACGUGAGCAAUGUGGUGGGGGGUGUGGCGUCGCACUGUGGACCUUGUGCCUUGGAGUCAACCUCCUCGGGAUCUCUCUGCGUGACCUGUGCUUCAGGACAGUAUGUCAACAAGGAGAUCAGCAAAUGCCAGGCAUGCCCACCGAACACACACCUCAAACCUCAUCACUACGUGGGGAAGGAGUCCUGUGUCCCCUGUGGCCCUGGCACCCAAAGUAAUUUGAACCACAGCCUGUGUUACAAUGACUGCAGAUUCGUGUAUCGAGAAGGGCAGAAGUCUUGGGAGUACGACUUCAGUCGUCUCAGCAACCUCACCAGUGUUACAAGUGAGCCCCGGUUUACUCCGAAAGGCGUCCGCUUCUUUCAUCACUUCAACAUCGGCCUGUGUGGGAACCAGGGAAGAAAACUGGCCUCCUGUGUGGACAAUGUAACCCUGGACGAGUUCUUCGAUGAGGAGGAAGGAUUUGCCAGAUCUGUCACGUCUUAUAUCUGCCAGUCUACACUUGUUCCGUCCGAUCUGGUGGGAUUUAGAACCGUCAUGUCUUCCCAUCCCAUCAAUCUCGCUGAUCAUUUAAUAGGAGUAACCACUCUAACAGAGCUCGAUAACAUUAAGGCCGCGGCUGACCUCUUUCCAAGCGGAAAAUUUGGAGCAUUGCCUGAUACUAUCUUCUACUACAGAUCUACUGAAUCCACGCAGACCUGUAAGAAUGGGAGAGCGUCCACUGUGAGACUGAGAUGCAAACCUGGAAAUGUUGGAUCAGGAACCAUUUAUUUGCCAAAGAAGUGCCAGGAAGGAACAUGCGACGGCUGUACGUUCCACUUCUUGUGGGAGACGGCAGAGGCCUGCCCUCUCUGCUCAAAUAGUGAUUACCACGAGAUAGAGGGCGCUUGCAUUAAUGGAAUCCAGAAAACUACCUACCUGUGGUGGGAGCCCAAGCUGUGCAAAGGAGGUGUGGCAUUACCUGAACAAAGAGUGUCAACGUGCAAGACAAUAGACUUCUUCUUGAAAAUCGGAAUAAUCACAGGGACAGUUACGGCUUGCUUGCUGAUAGCUACAACGUGUUAUUUCUACAAGAAAAAUCGGAAGCUGGAGUACAAGUACUCCAAACUGAUAAUAAAUGCCAGCACCAAGGAUGGUGAGUUGCCAGCUGUGGACAGCUGUGCCAUCAUGGAAGGUGAAGACAUGGAGGAUGAUCUGAUCUUCAUGAGCAAGAAGUCCUUGUUUGGAAAGAUCAAGUCAAUUGCUGUGAAGAGAACGUCAGAUGGUUUUGAUUGUGUCCCACUGAAAUCCUCAUCGGGAUCUGCAGACAUGGAACUGUAACUUGAGCUGCAGCAGGCACGGCUUUGCUGCUGCACUCACUGAAGUGGCCUUUACUGAGCCACGUUUGAACUACGAGUACUGUGUUAAAGAGAGUUAUCGUUAGAAAGGCAAAUAUAAAUGAAGAUCCUUGUGUGUGAAUACUAUUGUAUUGUUUAUGUACUACAAAGAUUUUAAAAAAUAUUAAUUUAUGUUCAAAUCUUUAAAGUGACUGGAGAUUGAUGACAAUCAUAUUUACUCAUUAUCGGGCCCCUUAUCAAUUUUUGUUUUUUUCCCAGAAUUGUGUAUUAAGCAGAACUUGUUAUUAAAUAAUGAAACCAAAAGACAUCACAAGUUCAUGUUAAAAAUACUAUAUUCAAAUGGAGUUAAAUAUCAUAAACUUUUUAAUCUGAUCUAAACUGGUUUAGUUGCUGAGGGUUGAUAUUUCUCUUUCUUAGUCCUCGGCACAUCGUCUUUAAGCGAGCCACCUCACAGAGGAUCUCCUGUGCACAUCUUCUCAAUCGCAGCUCUUCUGUAUCCAAUACCGAACGUCAUGUGAAAUGAAACCUCAAAAUCGCCUUGGAAACUGUGCAUCUGCCUUAAAACCAAAUAUAUCAAGAGAUGAACUACUUUUUUCACUGUAUCUAAUGUGAAAAUCUGCAAUGACCAUUUUGAUGAACAGUUGGCUGCUUAACUUAAAUGAUGGAACUAAUGUUCACCAGCUGAAUAGAUAUUAUUAUUUUAGUCAUAAUAUAAUAGACUUUGUGUUGUUUCAGAUAAUCUUGCUGUCGGGAAAAUGUUUGAUAAAGGUGACCAAUUUAGAUUCUUUCUCCCUGCAUCACUCAGUAUGUCACUUGCAGGCACGCAAUGGUACAGAGCAAAUUUUAGCAGCAUGAACACGGGGAACAGAACCUUAAUGCAGCAACCUUAAUAGAAUUAAUUCAUAAGUUCUCGGGGUAAAAUUAGACCAUUCGGUUCCUCAUGUCUACUCUGCCAUUC